UGAUGAGUUGCGACUAACAUUUUGAGUAUGGGAUGGUGUUGUUUUGCCACCAUUUAGACUGGAACACAAUCUUGCAGUCAGUAAUCAUGUCUUCCACCUCUUGAGUCAGUCUACCAAACAUUGAUGUGGAGGUCCGAUUUAGAACUUCAGUUGAAGUGUUUUCAUCAUGAAGAUAGACAAAUGAAUACAAAUAGGCCGGCAUCUGCAACGAUCAGUGUUAACGCAACUCCAUUACAAAUACAGCGUGCAGAAAAACAAAACGGCACGUCGGCCAAUUUACCUCUAGGAAGUUUGCCGGCCGGGUCGAAAUACAAUACAGAUCACUGUUACUGCAUGUUGUUGUUCUCAUUUAUUUGUUCUACAACUGGUACAUCGGCCAAGUGUUGGGCCAGUACUUCAGGGUUUAUUACGCAAAAGUUUGUUACCUGCAGAAACACUGCAUCACGAAAAGUAAGUACACAGUUCCAUUCUGAAGUAUUAUGA